AUGGAGCUGUACUUGGAAAAGCUUCUGGACUCUGCGCGCCAACUCAACCAGCGACAGCCAGUACGUCCAUCGCUCGCGCUCUCCAAAUGGAAUUGUCAUCACGCCUUGGCCAAACUAUCUCGAGAGAGCCGCUGCGACGACGGCGACGAUAGGCGAGGAGCAUCGGUGCGCCCUGUGACAUCAGUCCAGAUGAAGUUUCACUCGAAGUUGUUGGCCACAAACCACAACGAAGACAAUGACACCGAUGACGACGACCCAUCCAUACGCCAGCACAUUCAACGGUACUCGCAACAUUACCAAGGCCUGGAAGCGUACGGGAAGACGGGCAUGACCAAGCUGCAGCAAAUCAUCGACACGGCAACGUCCGUGCAGCAAUCGUGUCGCGCGGCCAACGAUCAAGGCGUGACAAUUGGCGUCGCGGUGUUGAGUUCAAGCGGACGAGUGUACACAUCAUCGUCCAACGAUCUGUGUUUGGACACGUGUCCGGAGCGCUUGGCGUUCAUGAAGUUAGCAUCGGACGAGUCAGACUUCGUUGUGGAGGGAGCCGCCAUCAGCUCAUCGGAUGGGCUUUUCACGCCGUAUCCGUGUGGGUCCUGUCGGGAGUUCCUCAGUCAGUUUGGGGACUUUCCGCUCUACUUGAUCCGUGCCACGAUGGAAUUUGACCAAACGACAGCGUACGCCUUGUUUCCAAGAGGCCAUGUCAGUGCUCUUCCUGGCGCAGCGACGGCGAGCGUGACCCAUCGAGUCAGGCAAAAGGAGGUGCUCAAACCGCGACAUUUGCUUCACACCAAGGACUGGACCGUCGCUCAUGCAAUCGACUGGCUCGUCGAAGACGUCGGCCUGCCCGAGUAUGCCACAACGUUUGACGCCCACCAAGUCGAUGGAGCAACUCUGUCGUACUUGGAAGAGAGUGACUUGCAGUAUUUAUUGCACGUGCAGCACCCGCUGCAUCGAAAACGCAUGGCGCUUUGCCUCCAUCGACUGCGAGACCAAGAUGGCGUCCAUGGCGGCGUCGAGUACGGACAGCUAAAGGAUUACUUGGCAGUCCUGGACAAAGAUCGGAUCGAGGUCGUCGUAAAGCUCAAGGAGGCAUUUGACCAAGUUGACACCAACCGCAAUGGCGUGUUGGAUUUUUCCGAGAUCAAGCAAGCGUUAGCGGCAAUGCACUACGACUCGUCUGCGUCCGCGGUCGAGACGUGGAUUCAGAGCCGAAGCAACAGCACGACGGUGUCGUUUCCUGAGUUUGCGUUGGCGUUUUGCCAUGCGUGGACAGCCAACACACGGACGCUGCCUGUUCCAAAAGUGGACCUCAAGAGUGUCCGAGCGGCAUUUGAUCGGAUGGACACCAACGGAAACGGGACGUUGGACAAGGCGGAAGUCGCGCAAGCACUGUCUGCUCUUGGUCAAGCUAAUGCGGACGACGAGGCGGCCAAGUGGUUUGACCAAGUUGAUGCAGACGGGUCCAACUCGCUCAGCUUUUCCGAAUUCCUUGUCCGAUAUGCCGAGCUCCAGUUUAGUUUGGCACCCCUGCAGUCGUGCUUCGACGCGAUCACCGGUGGUGGCGACCACGUCAACGUGGUGGCCUUGCCUCAAAUGUUUCGAUCGCUUCAAGUGCUGUACGAUCGACCCAAGCUGGACAAGUGGACGGACGCGCGUCUAGACAACUCGCCGUCCGAGCAGCUCUCGUUUGCUGACUUUUGCUUGGCGUAUUUUUUGUUUGUCCAGGCGCCAGCGCCGGUGGAGAGUGACGAAGAACGGCAUCGUCAUCGCAUUGUCCAGCUCCAACAAUCGGGCCACGUUCGCUUGUGCACAAGGCCAUCAUCGUCAACCGUUCGAGCAGCGGCAUCGCGACCGAAACAGCGUCGCGGGAACCACGAUGACGAGACGAAAUCCAACGACUCGGACGAUGACGACGAUGGCAAGCACGACGAAGGCGACGAGAAAGACGACGAGUUUGCCGCUGUCCACAAGAUGUUUCACCGGUUUCACGAGUCCAGCCUGACGACACUGGAAGCCAUGCAGGCCAUCACGGAACUCGGCGUCGUUGUCCCCAGAGCUCAAAUGCUCCAAUACUUCACGUCGCAAGGUUUUGGUACAAAGCGCGAGAUCGAAUAUGAAGACCUUGUCCGAGCAUACCGCAAGCUCCAACAUGCCAAACCGACCCCCAUCCCACGAAACAAAGGGUCCGUGGCAGCGCACACGUCCAGAAUGAACGCAAUCAAGGCGUUGCUCGAAGGGCAAUUUGGCAUUCCGUACACGCAGCAAGAUUUUGCCCGUGAGGAGCGCAAGGUGGAGAACGACGACGACAGCUCCUUGAUGAGCCAGCGGGAAUGGAUGCAAGAGAUGCAGACAUGGGUGUCCAAACGCCGGCGACGGCGGCAGGCGGUACGUCGCGACGAGGCGAAGGACGACGAUAGCGAAAGCAGUCGAAGCAACAGCUGCAGUCCAACCAAACCAGCCCCAUUCGGAAGAUUUCAAGUGGGGGAUCGAGUGGUCGACAAGACGCGCAGCAUGGGCCCAGGCACGAUCAUCCGAAUGAGUGGUGCGUAUCAAGUGUGUACGGUCCACUUCGAUUCCGGCAUCAAGAGGCACAACGUGGCGAUGGCGAGUUUGCGGCGGUUCCGGCCCGCGCCCCUGGCUGCCUUCCGCGUCAAGAUGGAUCCGUUUCAAGUCGAUGCGCAUGUUCAAGUGUUGUACAAAGGAACAAAGGCCAUUCGCCGCGGACGAGUGAAGCGCGUGCGCGACAACGACGAGUACGACGUCGUGUACAGCGACGGCGAGGUGGAGAAGCACGUGGCUCAAAAACACAUGAGUCGCGUCGCCGGUGGCAAACAGGAGGCGUGGAAAGAAGGCAUGCAAGUGGAAGCUCGGGGCGGGGACAGCGCGACGUAUUACCGCGGAGAAAUCGUGCGGUGCCGUACCAACGACACGUUCGACAUCAAGUUCAAAAACGGCGCCGAGGAGGACAAAGUUCCCCGCAAGUGGAUUCGACCGUACUCAAAGGCCCUGAAAAAUGGCACGUCGCCAACGCACAAACAUGAGGUCCCAUUUCAAGUCCUGGAUGUGGUCGAGGCGCGCUUCGGUGGCAAGGCCCAUGGCGCGUACUUUCGCGGCCAAAUAGCGAAAUGCCGCGGCGGCGGCACGUACGACAUAACCUACGACGACGGCGACGUUGAGAAGGAAGUGAGUGCCGACAGCAUCCGCUUUGUAUCCCUCGAAGCUGUCGCACGUGGCCAAGCGGUGGAAGCAAGGUUUGGCGGAAACGACAAAUUUUACCCUGGCACGAUCGCGCGAGUCCAUGGCGACGGGUCAGUCGACAUUGAGUAUGCCGAUGGAGACCGAGAAACCAGAGUGCCGUCGCGAUACGUGCGCGUGUCCGCGUCCAAAGCGAAGACGCAGCCGUCGUUUGAAGCGGGCGACGCCGUCGAGGCUCGUUUUGGCGGACAGGACAAGUACUUUCCAGGCAAGAUCGCCCGAGUGCAUAGCGAUGGGACGGUCGAUAUCCAUUACGCUGAUGGCGACAAGGAAUCUCGUGUUAUUGCCAGUCUCGUGCGGCCGUCGAAGAAAACUACGGACGCCACGACCUAUGACGAUGAUGACUUUGAGUGA